AUGGUAUAUUACGAUGGUUUAACAUCUGCUGGAACAGUAUUUCCUCGAAAAUUUUCGCCACUAAGUUGUCAAUUUUUAAGAGACGUCACAUUAUAUCUCUGGGUAAUGAAAGAGCGGUACACAUCUAAGAGAGCAUCCAAUGCAGCUGGGCAUAGCGGUUUAUACAACACGAAAUUAUAUUCACCUUUGAACCGAUACACCAGCCCAGUGUCCAAGAACUUCCCGUCGAAGCUUACAAUACGUUCAAUGUACGUUGAUUUUAGAAACAUAGUCGAAAGGUUUUGCGGUAAAUUAUUUUGUAGCCGGUCUCAAGUGUGUCGAAAUGAUUUCUUGUCAAUGAAGUUCACUAUGUCGAUCUCCACGGAAGCGUUCUAG